AUGUCCUCCCACCAGCACCCUCCGACUACCCGCUCUGCCAGAGGCCACAACCGUCGUGGUGGCCGCCGGCCUGCUCGCCAGCGUUCGGUCGGCCUCCCCAUACUAGCGGAACACCACCGGACCACGUGGGGCCACAAACUCUCCGAGUUCCCCGGCGCCGAGUCGGAGUGCAACUGGCAGAUCCAGCUCAUGCCGUACACCGAGGGCGCCGGCCCGGAGCCGGAGUGGAAGCCGCCCAGGGCGCGCGUUGUCCCGAGAAUCGGCAUCCGCAGCGAAGACGGUGACCCGCCGGACGGGCCGCCGCCCUUCAACGGGGCGUUCGAGCUGAACGCCCCCGACGAUCCAAGCACACUUGAUGAUCCAGAUAUCAUGCGCGAGAUCUGGUUCGAGAUCGAGGACAGCGGGUGCUCGACGACGACCGGGCCGGAUGGCGUCACAACAUAUGUGCGCCAGGCAUACGCUGCCGACGAUGCGAUUGACGACAUAGAGAUCCAAUACACCCUCACCUUCUCGACAGAGAUCGACCCCGUUCGGGGCGUACCCGUGCUCAAGGAUCCAUUUGAGCUGGAGUAUAAGUAUAUUAAAAGCGAUGAUAUCCCGUGCGCUGGGGGAAAGUGCAGCACAUGGGACGGCCCUAUCACAGGCAUCCCAAAUGAUCCUGAGAUUGGCUAUAACUCUCCCGAAGGACUGUCGGAAGCAACAUGGGCCGAGAUGUGUACCAUAUGGUGGUCGGUGAAGCAACACUGGAAAGAAUUGGUGGCUGGGGUGUACUAG